AUGUCUUCUCGGACUUUGUUCUUGUCAGUACUGGCGCUGUUAAAUGCAUCCUUUUGCAUAGCUGUGGGAAGCGGUGAAAUGCCCUACUUUCUAAUCAACACUCCACGGCCGUAUUGCAUUCAAGUCCAGGCUCCAGAAGAGACUGUCCUUCGGGUUUACUAUGACGCUCCUGACAUUGACAGAAAGACCGCGGGACAAGAAAAAAAUUACGCUCCCACCUACCUGACCAUUAGUUACAAUGCGCACACCGUGGGUCCACCCAGCAGGGGCACGACAGUACAAAACCACAAGCCCAGCAGCACCGAAUUAAUUACAAAGACGGGCAAGGUUGACUUUCAAGUCCAUCCCCGCCACCGCGACGACGAGGAUGUUGGUGAAUUGCAAGUCUGCAUACGAGCAUCCAAGGCAGGCACCAAGCAUCCCAUGCGGUUUGGCCUCUUUGUGGAGGAAGUCGAUUUGGAGGACGAGGACGAGGAUGUAGAUGUGACUUCUCAUUUAACCUUCAUCGAGGGGCAACUGGCACACUACGAAAAAAAGAUGCACGUCAUGCUAAAGACUGCAGAUUUGGUCCGAGAACACGAUGCCAUGUAUCAUCAAAAGACCGACGCUAUGCAUCAAGCCACAAUAUUUUGGCCAGUCGUUCAUGUGGGAAUUUUACUCAUUACAGGCUUCACUCAAGCGCAGCACAUUGUCAACUUUUUUCAAAAGCGAAGAAUCAUCUAG